AUGCCAAGACGCCUGCUGCAUCCCAUCCUCACUGUCUGUAGGGCUUUCGAACUGGUCUCAGAGAGCUGCAGCACCUACAAUAUCGAAGACUUUGAGCAGCUUAUUCCUUACAAAGACUCACCAGCUGAUGGUGAGCCUCAAGGAGAACUGAAGUCUGACGUAGUCCAGCCGGCGGAAGGAGAAGACAUGGCUGGCCUUAUUCGAGAACGUGAUGAGCUGCUUGGGCGUUUGCGGGACGUGGAUACCGAAUUAAAUAAAUGUCGUGCGGCCUUCACCUCGGCCAUUUGGGAGCUUAAUGACCUCAGUGCUCCCGUGGGGGACUGA